GUCACUAUUUGUUAAGUAUUUUUUCCUGCGUAUAUCGUGAUAUCAGAUAACGUCUGCUUACUAAGCAGAAAUGAAUUAUAUAAUAAUGGGCUUUAUAAAUUCAUUUGUUGUGCGAUAUUGAUACAUGAUCAAGGCCUAAUACCCUUAAAGGUAGACCGAUCAAUAUUAGGCAUUUCUUUUUGCUAUGUUAAUUGAGUUUGCUGAUAACAUAUUGUGCGUCAUUCUACACUGAUUUAUUACUCUAACGAUAGUAAUUUGGUUUUAAAAAGUUAAGAAAACCUAGAAAAUAUUGAAAUUAAACGGAAGUUAGGAAAUGGUAAAUGGCUAAAAUGGAAAUUCUUCAGAUUUGAUUUUAUGCACAGUACUGUUGUCAGACGAUAUUAUAAACAGACAUUUACCUGAACCAUGGCAACCAAAGAAGUUCGUUUUUGUUCACCUUGUCAAACCCGCGGUAUAUCAGCAACAGGUGUGAGGUACUGUGUAAUAUGCCAGGAACUAUUAUGCAAAGACUGCGUGGAAUGCCACAAAGCCUUUAAUGCUACAAAGGACCAUCAUAUGGCCCAAGCUUUCACAGAUGUUUUCCACGGGGAGGAAAAUAUUCAAUUAUGCACACAACAUCCAACAAAAAUAACGGAGUUCUACUGUGACAAUCAUAAAACAUUCUUGUGCAGUCAUUGUUUACUUUUAACAGAGAGUCAUAAGUAUUGUUCAAAAGUACUUGAAAUAGAAAGUGCUGGAAAGCAUUUUUGCAAGAGAAAAAUAACUGAAGAUAUUGAAAAAUCUAGCAUUCAACUCGUUGAAUCCGCUCAAAGUGCUGUAAAUGAAAUCAAACAGGGGAAUAAAUGUACAAGCGAAAGCCUAAACGGUUUGAGAUGCGAAAUUGAAAUAAUUCGAUCCAAGAUGCUGAAAGCCUUUGAUCGUCAAACAGAUCACAUAACUGAAGCGAUCUCUAGUGAUAUUUUACAAAACAGACGUGAUUGCGAACGAGUAGUACAGAAUUUAACACAAUUUAGUGAAAGGGUAACACAGAACGUAUCUUUGUUAAAAUCUGCACUUGACGACGGGGAUAAUGCAUCCUACUUCAGACGCGCUGUCCUAACGAAUAAAUAUUUUGAGCAUUUUAAGCGAGAAAUGGAAUGGACAAAGGGACAUUGUUCUACACUUAAAGUUUCUUUUGAGAAGUCUGAUGUUGUAAAAAGAUUAAUGGUAGACGAAACCCCUUUGAUCAAAUGCGGUGUAGAAAAAGUUACCUUGGCACUACCAGAUGUCCCAUCUAAUUACUUAAAAAAUGUCUUUGAAACAACAGCUGCUUCAAUACCAACAGAUGUGGUUGUCGGCAAACACGACAACAAGGAAGGUUUGAAAAAUAUCAAAGACCAUGAACCUAGCAAGAGAAUAAAAGAAACAAAAUUAAUUCAUGCUUUGAAGAGUUCCAGCGAUGAUGCAGAUGCUUUACCUCAGGUUACGACUAACACUUCACACAAAGCAAAUUCAUUAAGUCAUUAUGAUGUUGAAUUAUCUUACUCUAAUAGGUUUGACUUGAAACCCCCUGGUGACAGGCAACCAUUUUACACUGGUAUAGUGUGCCUUAAUGAUGAAAGGUUUGUUUUAUCUGAUUCCGAAAUGUGCAGAUUAAUCAUAGUGAAAAACAAUUCAUUUGUCACAGACAAACGUAUCGAAUUCAGACCAGGGAACUUGACAAUGUUCAACAAAUACUUGUUGGUUUGUCUCAUGCAAACCAACAAAUUGCUCAUGAUGAAAAUAAAUGGAAAUGAGUUGAAAGAGCACAGAUAUUUAUCUACACGAUUUCAUCCGAAAUGUGUGCAAGCGAUUGAUGAAAAAAGAUUUCUUGUUUCAUCAAAAAAUGGAAGAGACGGCUGGUGCAUUGAAGUCAAAACAUUAAAUGGACAGAACUGGCGGACCGAGGAAAUAAAUGUUGACAUUCAUGGAUAUUCAGAGGGUUAUAGAAUAGCAGUACAGCAAUUUCCAGCUUUAAAAGAAAGUUUUCGUAUCAUCCAGUGCUCUGAAGAAUCAAAAAGCAUGAAAUGUUUGUCCGAGAAUGGGAAAGAAGAAUGGCUCUGUCGCGAUGUUGAAGAAAUAACAUCUGUAGUAACGGAUCUUCUUGGGUAUGUCUACGUAAUAAGAUUUCCUGGUGAAAUACAAGUUUUCUCUCAGGACGGACAUUUUGUAACAAGUAUCUAUCCACGGGCAAUGCGUCGUGUGAAAUUUGCAGCUUUCAAUAAAGACAUGGAUAAACUAUUUUUAACCACCUAUAAGGAUACAACAAUACAUGUUAUCAAUGUAAGAAGACUCAAUCUGAAAGAAAGUUCAUUAUAAGAACGUAGAUGAAUAUUU